AUGACUUUACUCGCACGUCAGGUACGGGUGCUGACCUCCAAGAAUCUGUCAAUCAACCUGCGCCGGCAAUGGCUCUCAACACCGCUGCGCGCCUUCCUGCUGCCAGUCCUUCUCGUCGUUCUUUUGGCUUUCUCCCGAAACUUACUUUCACCGUCAGCGCAAUUCGGCAUCGGAGUGUCACACCCAGUACCGAAUCUGUCCCAGGCUCUAAGCGCCAUAUCUGCCACCAGGGACCGUGUCCUGUUCGUGAACAACGGUUUCGACAAUGGAGCUAUCGACCAUUUGAUCGCAAACGUGAUUAAGCCUUUGAAUGUAACGGACGUCGAGUUCAAAACACUUCGCAGCGCGGGAAGCCUCCAGGCGGAAUGCCGUAGCUCAUCACAGGGAUCGUCUCGAUGCAUAGCUGUUGUCAUAUUCCACUCGUCGCCCUCCGAAGGGGCAGGGGGGAUAUGGAACUAUACAAUGCGUGCCGACGGUGCUCUUGGGCUCAACAUCGAUGUCGAGUCAGACUCAAAUGACGCGCAACUUUUCGUCUUCCCACUGCAGCACGCGAUCGAUUUUGCCAUCGCCCAGCACGAAUCUGUCGGCGGAGCUGAGCCAACCGUAUACGACUACCCCUUUACGAGCCUCACAAACGCAGAGCGGGAAGAGAAGGCCCACAGCCGGUACAUGGGCAAUGUCAUUUCUAUCCUGGCAGUGGCGUUCUAUAUCGCCUUGGUCGGUGUUUUGUACCACUUAACAGGAGCCAUGGCAGCGGAGCGCGAGUCCGGAAUGGCCCAAUUGCUCGAUGUCAUGAUGGCAAACAAAAGACCGUGGGAGCCACAGGCAGCCCGCCUCGCAUCUCACCAUUUGGCAUUUGCCUUCCUCUAUGCGCCUGGUUGGAUUGCGAUGGGCGCCAUCUUAGGGGCCAUCGCAUUUACGAAGACAUCCAUUGCCAUGUCCAUUAUUUCGAACCUCUUUUGCGGUUUAUCUCUAACGUCCUUUGCCCUCUUGGCUGGGAGCUGCUUCAAGGAGGCUCAAUUAAGCGGUAUCACCGCUGUCAUCUCGAGCCUGGUGCUGGCAAUCAUCGCCCAGGUUGCCCGCGAUGCUCCAACUUGGGUCACUGGAGUGCUGGCGUUUCUCUUUCCCCCAUCCAACUACAUCUAUCUCAUCAUUGCAAUCGCGCGCUGGGAGCGUGUGGGGGCGGCAGCUGAUGCACUUCGGUCGCCCCCAGACCAGGGAUUUAGUCUGCCUAUCUUUGCGUUCUUGGCUUUUGCAGUACUGCAUAUGAUUCUCUAUCCGCUGCUCGCCGCUACUGUAGAGAGGUCACUGCAUGGUACCAAGUCUGCAAGUCGUAGACUCAACACACCGGACUCUCCCGUCGCUGUCAGACUGAGCAACUGCACGAAGACAUACAGGCCUUCGUUGAUACGGAGGUUACUCGCGCGCGCUACGGGUUCGGCUGUUUCAACUAUUACAGCCAUCAACAAUCUCAGCCUUGAAGUCUACCGAGGCGAGCUCACCGUCUUGCUCGGCACGAACGGAAGCGGCAAAUCGACGACCCUUGACGCCGUGGCCGGGAUGCACUCGUUGGAUUCUGGAGUUAUCUCACUUAGUUACACCGGAUCUCAAGGCCGAUCCGGCCACUGUCCACAAAAGAACGUUCUUUGGGAUGAACUGACUGUCGAGGAGCACGCCAAGAUUUUCGAUGGAAUCAAGCGAGUCAGUGGCAAGUCAUCUCGGGAGGAUAUCCAGUCGUUAAUCAAGGCAUGUGAUCUCUCUGCCAAGGCCAAGACUUGUUCAAAAGAUCUCUCCGGCGGACAAAAGCGCAAGUUGCAACUAGUCCUCAUGUUUUCCGGAGACUCAGACAUUUGUUGCGUUGACGAGGUCUCUUCCGGCGUCGACCCACUAUCAAGAAGAAAGCUUUGGGACAUUUUGCUCUCUGAGAGGGACCGCCGCACCAUCAUACUCACCACGCACUUCUUGGACGAGGCGGAUGUGCUGGCUGACCGCAUAGCCAUCAUGUCUCGCGGCUCGCUCCGAGCGCAAGGAACAUCCGCAGAGCUCAAACAGCGCAUGACACACGGCUACCGAGUUCAUGUCCACCAUAGAGCGGUGGCAUCACACCAGCCAUGUUAUGAGGACAUUCCACAUUUGGAUACCGAUGGUGAAAUUGUCUACUUCCCUGGAACGUCAUCUGAGACAGCAAUGUUUCUCAGGCGGCUAGAAGGCGACGGCAUAAGCGAGUAUGAAGUCAGCAGUCCAACUCUCGAAGAGGUUUUCCUGAAUGUGGCAGCGGAUACAGGACAUCGUCCUGGAACCGAAGGCGGCCGUGCAUCGCAAGAGUCGAGGGCACCAUUGGUCGAUGUCCGCUUCAUUAAGCCCCUGCCAAGAACCCAGGAGCUUUUCGGUGGCCGUCCGCCUAGUCUUGCUCGGCAGUGUCGGAUCAUGUUCAUGAAGCGUCUGACGAUCUUCCGAAGGAAUUACGCACCCUAUAUGAUCGCGACCAUACUACCCGUGAUUGCUGCCGGGUGUGCCACGCUCUUUCUCAAGAAAGUCUCGCCCGCAAGUUGCAAUCCUGAUAUUGCAACGCUGAGCGGUUCAAGUGGCUCAGAAUCAAUAUCUCCACAAACCUUCAGAUUAGUCACUGGGCCGGAAGACCAGUUGAGUGCAGCAGCUCGUGCGCAAAUAGCGAGCGCACCGCCUGGCUCAGUCACAUACGUCAAAACGCUUCAAGAAUUCAACCUGGAAAUAAGCCGACAGGCGGGGAACCUGACGCCUGGCGGAUUCUUUCUUGGAGACUCGCCAACCUUCGCCUGGCGCGCUGAUGGACCGCUCGUCUAUGGCCAUAUCUUGCAGAACUUGUUGGACAUGAUGAUACUGAACAUCACGAUUGCAAGCGAUUAUCAGCCUCUCGACGUCCCUUUCACUGCGAACAUCGGGGACCUGCUUAUUUUCGUCGCCAUCGCCGGGUUCUCGAUGGCGAUGUAUCCAGCAUUCCUAAUCCUAUAUCCAACAGCCGAACGCUUACGGGGGAUUCGGAGUAUGCAGUACAGCAAUGGCGUAGCGGUGACACCUCUCUGGUUGUCCUACCUUGCCUUUGACUUCUUGGUCACCUUGAUUGUCGCUUCCGUCUCGGCUAUUGUCUUCCAAGCAGUGACAGGCGUGUGGUACUAUCUAGGUUACCUGUUUCUCAUCCUGCUCCUGUAUGGCGUAGCGGCGACCCUGUUCGCGUAUGCCCUGUCAUCUCGAGCCAAGUCUCAACUCGGGGCGUUCGCUUUCUGCGCAGCCGUACAGUGCGCGUCGUUUCUGGUCUUCUUCGUCACCUAUCUCGUCACGCUGACCUACACCAAUCCCGCCACUCAAAGCGCAACGCUAACCACCGCCUUCUACGUCCUUGGUGCUGUCUCUCCGGUCUGCAAUUUAGCGCGAGCGCUUUACCUCGCCUUAAACAUGUUCGGAAUAACAUGCCGGGGUCGCGAGCUUGCGCCGUACCCUGGGGCCAUGGAUGUCUAUGGUGGACCCAUCCUCUAUCUCUGCCUCCAGUCUCUUUUGCUCUUUGCAAUCCUCUUACUCGAGGAUUCCGGGGUUGGAUUAAAGCAAUGGCUUAGAAGGACGCGCAAGGUACAAUCCUCUUCUCAGGACGCUUUUGAGCUUGAGCCUGCUUCCGGGCCGCAUGGAGCACGCUCGUCCUGCAAGACCGGUCUCGAGGUCAUCGGUCUAACGAAACAGUUCAAGCACCAUCUUGCCGUCGACGAUGUCAGCUUCAACGCACCAAAGAACGAGUGCUUUGCCUUGCUCGGUCCCAACGGAGCCGGAAAGACAACGUGCAUAUCCAUGAUUCGAGGGGACAUUUUGCCGAGCAACCCUAAGAGCGAGGUCUUGGUCGAAGGUAUCUCGGCGAUAAGACAUCGUUCUCACGCCCGACACAAGCUCGGGGUCUGCCCACAAAUCGACCCUCUGGAUAAGAUGACGGUCCGUGAGCAUCUUGACUUUUACGCACGAAUCCGUGGGGUCAGUGAUCCGGCGCAUAACGUAGACGUGGUGCUCGCCUCGCUCGGGCUUCGAGAGUUUGCGGACCGUGUGGCCUACGGACUUUCUGGAGGAAAUAAGCGGAAGUUGUCGCUUGGCAUUGCACUCAUGGGCAAUCCCAGCGUGCUGGUGCUUGAUGAGCCAUCGUCUGGUAUGGAUGCUGCGAGCAUGCGCUUGAUGUGGCGCAUCCUAUCUUCAGUCACACCCGGCCGAUCGCUCAUCCUGACCACGCACUCGAUGGAGGAGGCUGACGCUCUCGCCACACGCGCUGGAAUUGUUGCCGGCAAGAUGUUGGCAUGUGGAACAAUCCAGGAUCUGCGGUCACAAUACGCAGACCGGUUUCUUGUCCACCUCGUUCACCGAGACGCACCGCAUGCUAGUGAUGCGACCAUGGGUGAAAUUCGACGGUGGAUUCACCACCAGUUCCCAGGAGCCCAUCUGCAGGCGAACGGCGCCAAGUAUGGACAGAUUCGGUUCGAACUAUCUCGGGAGGUCACGGAUAACACGACCAAUGGCGCGGUGCAAGCGGCAAGUACUCUCACUUCAGCAUCUUCAUCGCGAGGUGUCGCUCUGACGAUCGAAAUCAGCUGCGAGAGGCUGGGUAGGGAGUGUGUUGUUGAACCUCGAAAGUCUCCGAGGCGCAGUGGAGGAUCUAGCGAGCGCAGUAUACUCCGUCUUCAGUCCAAGAUCGAGUCCCUGGAGCGGCUGUUGUCGUCUUCGCUAACUCGCAAUGAGAAUGGACACACAUACCUCACCAUUGGACAACAAGUUGCCUCUAGGGGCUCUCUUGGAUACUCCACUCCUGGUGACAUCUCUCCUACUCCCCGAGAUGCCCAAGAGAUGCUCAACUGUUACCGAAAGGAUAUGUGCCCCUUGCUUCCGUUUGUAAUCGUCCCUCCAGAAAUGACGCCAGAGCAACUUUCGGCCGAGAGACCAAUGCUGUACAGAGCGCUUGAAGUCGUCACUCGGUUUCAGGACGAUGCUGUGCAGUUCAAACUUUCAGAGAGCCUUCGCGAGGAGAUGAGCCGGCGGAUAGUCAUCCAAGAGGAGAAGAGCCUCGAUAUACUCCAGGGAAUCCUAGUGAAACACCUCCAUAUACACCCGGGAUAUCAGGUGUCCACUCUCUUGUACCUCGGUGUUGCUUUGGCAGCCGAACUGGGCCUCGACGAAGCGCCUACCACGAGGACAGCGAGAACUGGGCUUGGGGCUUUGACGACAUUUGAUCGACAAGCCCCCACGUCUCACCGCAGCCUGGAAGAAAGCAGGGCGUUGCUGGGACUCUUUUGGCUCACUUCAGUUUCCUCGACUUGCAUCAAAGAUGUGUCGGGCUUCACGUUUGGCAAGUCGCUGCAAUGGAGCCACCAGAGCCUACAGUCCUCCCUCGAGCUCCCUUCGGACGUCUACCUCAGCCAGCUCAUCCGGACGCAGCAGGUCGCCGACUCGAUCAGGUCGGUCCUUUACCGGGGACUGCUCGAUGCAGAUCCCGUGUCGCCUGCAGCAGUCAUGGCCGCGUUCCAGUCGCUCGAUACCAUGGUCAAGGAUGUCCACAUGGAUACAUACCAAGAUUUUGCCCAACAGUCAUUGACGAGGAUAUCGUACUUAUCGCUGCAAAUUUACCUGUACAAGAUUGCCCUCGACGACCGGAUGUUCGACCCUUCUGCGUUCUGGCAGGAUGACUGGAUGAACCCUACCCUUCCUCCUUCGAAUACCUCGGCGUGUUUCCCGGACAUCGGCCAGCGAGACCGGUGCCUGGUGACCCUCAUGAACGCGGCUGGCAUGCUGAUCAACCAGAUCUGCGAACUCGAUGAUCCAGUCCUCCCAGUGCUGCCAUAUGCAGCCUGGGUGCAGCUCGGCCAUGCCAUCGUGAUCCUGUCUCGCAUCGUCAUAUACAGCCGCGAGAUUGGAGAUUCGACGCUCUUCUUUGAGAGCCUCUCGACUUUCAAAAACGGCUUGGAGCGCUUCGGUCGGAAAAUGGAGGCAACAUAUGCCGGCCAAAGGAGGCGGUUACCUGCCGUCUUUGGGGCGCUCCCAGGGAGGCUCGCAGAGAUAUCCAUGCUUGUUGACUCGGAUCUCGAAGAUCACAAUUAA